CACAAUGGCGUCGUGCUCGAGAGGGAUAGGAGAUGACAGAAGAAUCCAUUUUAAGUUUACCAUGAAGAAGUUGUCGUCUUGUUAACCGACUGUUGUGAACUUUAUUCUUAUUGUUAAUCAACGAGGCAACGUCUGUUUAAUAACAAAUUAAAUAUAAUUAUUGAUAACCAUAAGUGCAGUGAAAUACUUCCAACCUCGUGCUGCUUUUACAUCUUGCGCGGGCCAGUAGGUUUUACAUGAUGUCACGGAAAGGUAACGGUAGGCCCCUCCAGAUGACCAAAUAAGGACACGGACACAUGAAAGUGGAAUUGGUUCUGCUCGGUUUCAGUAUUAAUGAGAGAAAGCUGAAGUGUGUGUAACGUUGGUGCUCCAUCGUGUCUUUUGUGACACACCGAUACAUCGACCUGUGUGUGUGUGUGUGUGUGUCUAUCUAGAGUUAGAACAUUAGUGCGCGAGCUGCUGUAGUUUCUUGAGGAAAAAGAAAAGAGGAAGCAGUUCCGCCCCCACAAGCUGCCCGGAGGCCGAGGAGAAGAGAGCAGAAAGAAGAGAAGAGAAGCCCCAGAGACACACGCUGCUGCUGGACUCUUUACUUGUUGCUUUGGCGGAUGGACAGCGGAGCUCCGGCGGGACUUUGGUCGUCAGGUCUGGUUGUGUUUCGAAGACCUCGUUGUAGAAAAAAUGAGUAAAGUUUCCGUUUGAAGCUGCACCGAUCAAAUCGUCCGUGCUGGUGUCUUCUGCUAACAUCGACGUAAACCGGCGGAUCUGCUUGACUACUUUACUUUGGCUUUUGUCGAGGCUCGGGUUGGCUUUAGCUCAGGCCCUGGGAGGUUUUUGAUCCGUAAGAAUCCCAGUUCCAAACCAGUAUGAGUGGAGAAGAGGAACGAUUCAAACUGGUGGUGGUGGGAGGAGGAGGGGUGGGGAAGAGCGCACUGACCAUCCAGUUCAUCCAGUCCUACUUUGUGUCGGACUACGACCCCACCAUCGAAGACUCCUACACCAAGAUCUGUACAGUGGAUGGAAAGGAGACCCGGCUGGACAUCUUGGACACAGCAGGUCAGGAGGAGUUUGGAGCGAUGAGGGAGCAGUACAUGCGCUCAGGAGAAGGCUUCUUAUUGGUGUUUGCACUCAACGACCGGGGCAGCUACCAUGAGGUCCAGAAAUUCCACACUCAGAUCCUGAGAGUCAAGGACCGAGACGACUUCCCCAUGGUGCUGGUUGGAAACAAGGCGGACCUGGAGCAGCACAGAGUGAUCUCCAGGGAGAACGCUGAGGCGUUCGCCAGAGAGAACAGGAUCCACUAUAUGGAGGCUUCAGCCAAGAAUCGCUACAACGUGGAUGAAGUCUUCUUGGAGCUGGUGCAAAUUAUCAGACGGUUUCAGGAGAUGGAGAGUCCUCCUCCUCCAACUCAUCACACAAGGAAACAGAAAAGGGGGGGCUGUCCCUGUGUCCUCCUCUAAGCACUGUUACCAUGGACACCAAAUCCUUAUCCCUCUACAGCUCAUCCAAAAAGGAGUGUGUGUGUGUGUGUGUGUGUGUCUGUGUAAGAGAGAGAGAGAGGGCGGGAGACAGACACAG